AUGGUACUACCACAAUUCAAAGGGAAUAUACGUAAAAGAUCUUAUCAAACAUUUUUGGGUCCCAUAGACUUAACAUCAGAUAAUAAACACACCAUAAAUGAAAAAUUUAUACGAGUGCCCGGAAUUGAUAGCCUGGCCAAUGGAUUCUCACUCUUAACCCCUUCUAAAUACAAGGGUCUCAUUUGGACGACAAUUAGUGAUGCAAACGAGACAACUAAUGGUAUAUACAAAUGCAAUAUUGAAUACAAAACCAACAAAACAGUGGCAUAUAUGGCAUCGGAUGUCCUCAAAAUCGCAGCAGAAAAAUGA